GUUUGGCCCUUGUGUUACCACGAGCGAACUGCUCGCUAGUAUCGCGCUGCAAUAUCUACAAAGAAAGCGAACACAAACUGAAACAAGUGCAAAGACUUUGACAAUAAGCUUUGACAGCUAUCGCUACCAGGCAUAGUUUCGACUAAAAUAGGUCUAAUUGCUCGAAAAACAAUCCAAGCUCACCUUCUAGAGCUCAAACGACGAUCGGCAACAGCACCUUGCAGCGACUGGAGCCCUGUGGCGCUGCGCUCGGAAAACUAUAUUUACGCUGAGGAGGGCUCCGGCGCUGACCGCGCGCGUUGAUACCCCUCGACGCUCCGACCCCCGCAUCUGCCGCGCGUUGCCGCCCCGAUAAGCCUCCGCGCGGCCGUCGCCGACCACCCCGGCGGCAUGAGCUAUGACCGGUGUCAGCAGUAGCUCGGGCUGUUGCAGUCGUGGGCACACACCUGCCUUCUGCAGGCGCGGCGCGGCCGCGGCUGGGGAUUGGUGCCGCCGGCAUUGCACAGCUCCAGCGCGGGAAGGCGCAUCAGCGGGGCACAGUGCCCGGGGAGCGCUGGGCUCCCGCGAGCGGCGAAGCAACUUACACCUCGCCUGGACCUCGGCUGCUUUGACGCAAGCGGUGGCGGCAGGGACACGCAGGCGUAACAGCUUGCAGCGGCGCCUUGGCUGGCAGUAGCGGCAGUAGCAACAGCAGCAAUUGCAGCAUUAAUCCUUAGCUAGUGGGGUCAAAAUGGACCUGUUCUACGUCGUACUUUUCGGGACUCUGGUGUUCGUGGCGGUGGUAUUGCACAUGAGCGGGACGGACAGCAGCAGCAGCACUGCCGGCAGCAGCGGCGACGCUGCGCCCGGCGGCGCUUGUGUGGAGGGAGGCAGCGUCAGCGGUGCCGGCAGCUCAGGCGGCGCUAGCGGCGGUGGCAACGGCGCUGGCGGCAGCGGCUCAGGAGGCGUGGUCACGGAGGCUGAGAGCAAGCGCUUUCGGCUGUUUAGGAACAACUACCUAAUCGUGUUCUGCAUGAUGAUGGCCGGCGACUGGCUGCAGGGGCCGUACAUCUACGCGCUGUACGAGCACUACGGCUACAGCGUGGGCGACAUCGGCCACUUCUUCAUCAUGGGGUUUGGCAGCUCCAUGGUGUUUGGCACGGUGGUGGGCGCGCUGGCGGACAUCACCGGCCGCCGCGCCGCCUCCCUGGCUUACGUGGCCACCUAUUGCCUGUCCUGCGCCACCAAGCACAGCCCCCGCUAUGGCGUGCUCAUGGCGGGCCGCGCGCUGGGCGGCGUCUCCACCAGCCUGCUGUUCUCCGUGUUCGAGAGCUGGCUGGUGGCGGAGCACAACCGGCGCGGCUUCCCGCAGGCGUGGCUGUCGGAGACUUUCUCCCAGGCCAUCUUCCUCGGCGCCGGCCUGAUGGCCAUCCUGUCGGGACUGCUGGGCAAUGUGCUGGUGGAGGACCUGCGGAUGGGCCCCGUGGCGCCGUUCGACGCCGCCAUUGUGGUGAUGCUGUGCGGCGGCGCGCUGGUGGCGGCCACCUGGCCCGAGAACUACGGCGACGCGGCAUCGCGGCGGAGUGUGCUGGCGCAGCUGGGGCAGGGGCUGGCGGCCAUACGGACAGACCAGCGUAUCGCUCUGCUGGGCGCCAUGCAGUCGCUGUUCGAGGCGUCCAUGUACACCUUCGUGUUCCUGUGGACCCCGGCGCUGUCCCCGCGCGGCGAGAAGAUCCCGCACGGCCUCGUCUUCUCUUGCUUCAUGACCGCGUGCAUGACGGGCAGUGCCGGCACGGGCCUGCUCAUCCGGCGCUACUCGCCGCAGGUGUACAUGGGGGCGGUGUACGCGGCGGCGGCGGUGUCGUUGUCGGUGCCGCUCGUCUACCACACGGAGCGGAGAGACCCGUCGGAGGGUGGCUCCUCCCUGCGCGACAACGGCGCCGGUGGGCUGUCCAUGGCUGGGAAGCUACAGCUGCUGGCCUUCUGCGGGUUCGAGGCCUGCAUCGGCGUGUUCUGGCCGUCCAUGAUGGCCCUGCGCGCCCACUACGUGCCCGAGGAGCUGCGGGCGACCAUCAUCAACAUCUUCCGCAUCCCGCUGAACUUGUUCGUGUGCGUGGUGCUGUACAAGGUCAGCCUUUUCCCGUUGUCGGUCAUGUUCGGCGUGUGUGUGGGCAUGCUCAUGGGCUGCAUGCUGUGCCAGAUGCGCCUCAACGAAUUGACCGGGGCCAAGGACAAGCCCUCGCUGGCAGACCUGGCCGCACACGACUCGUGAGUGCGCGGCGGCGCGUGAGGUGGUAGUGGUAGCGGUGGCGGUGCUCGUGUUGGGCAGGGGGUAGCAAGCAGCGCCAUUGUGUGUGCGAAAGAGAGAGAGGAAGCUGGGAAAUUAGGGGAUUUGGCAGGAGAGAGAGUCGGCCGUCUAUGUGUAUGGUAGUCGUGUGAGGUACGGGACAAUGAAGAGGCUUGUCGGCUUGUCGCGUGAGGAGUCGGCGGGCGUGCAGGACUGCGUGCGAUUGGGGGCACACGCGAGUGUUGCCAGAGUGAAGCGUGCGAAGCGCUUUCAGUUUCCCCGUGUUUGCUGCCGCACGGUUGUUGCACGGCAGGGAUGCUGUCAUGGCGGUUGGCAGCGCAGGUGCUGUGGGUGCGGCCUUUGUUUUAAUGAACCUAUGAGAAUGCAAAUGACUAAGGGGUUUUAUUGCAGACCGCGGCCUGUCCGUUUUACAUGCGCGCCACGUGACGUUGCGAUGCUGCCGGCCCGACUGCCGCCGCUGCUGCCCGCAGGGAGCCCAACGGCCUGUCGGGGCACCUGCCUGGCGAGGUGAUUAAGCGGCCGUGGAAGGGGCACAAGUCCGGCGCGUUGCAAGUGGACUAGUUCGGUCGGGAGGCUGAGCAAUGCGGGAGCGGAUGGCGAUGUGGCCGUUGCAAACGGAGCGUUAGCAGGCGGCGUAGGCGGCGGAUGAUCACAGGCAUUAAGAGAGCCAGUGCUAACGGUGCUGGUGGAGUGAGAGGGCAUGAGCAGCAUUUUGUGUGAUGGGUAUUCUGGGUCAUUGUGUCCUUGUGGGUGCGGGGAAACGCGGAGACAUGUUGGGUGAGGAACUGCCAGGCACACCCAGGUGCGGUCGUGACCUCCCCUGGUCCUAACGAAGUGCGGUACCCUGGCACUGAACAUGACGGACCGGUAACAUACCACGGAGACUUUGACGCGGUCUAUGGUAGAGCAGCACAGCAGUCAUCGCUCUCAGUGAGGACCAAAUCAACUGGGGCCUGGACGCCGGGGGCCUGCCGUGACCGGGCUGGUGAGCGAGGCACGGGCCAGAUUGCUCAAUG